GUGAAGUCAAGGGAAAUAUACUAUACUGUCCACACCGUAUGUUUCUAACAGAGUUUCAUUUCGUUGAACUGUGAAGAUGUACAUUGUUGCUUUACUGUAAACUCAGACCAGAGAGAGACAUCAAAAGAAAGAGAGGGGGAAAGAGAAAGAGAGAAGGAAAGAGAGAGAGAGAAAAAUAGAGACAGAGUUGUGUUAAAACCCUCCCUCUACAGGAGUGUGCCGCUGUCUUUCUACUCCGAGUCGUUCGGCCAUGCAGUGUGGCUGAUGAAACCCCUCCUUUCUCAGCCUCCUCCUCCUCCUUCUCCUCACUUGGCGGAGGAUUCCCUGACUGGCUCUAACCAGGCUGUGUUUAAUUGACGAGUGCCAGGCUGUAGUCACCGAGCGAGGAGGAUUAAUGAGCUUAGAAAGCUCUGACGUAUUGACAUUGAAGACAGAAACACAGAGAACUGGAUCUCAGGUGGAGGAGAGAGACAGAGGUGACAUUCAGGUACAGGCGACUGUGUGAGAGAAUGAGAGAGAGUGAGAAACAGCACUGAGACUCAGAGAGUGAAAGGUGUAAAAAUAGGAGAAGGGGAAGGGAGGUAACGAGAAAAGGAGGAGGAGAGGAGGGGAAGGAAACGGGAAAUGGACAACCAAGUUAGGGAGAGAGACGGGAAGCCUUCAGCAGCAGAUGAGACUGAGGAACGAAACCAGGGAGAGGUAGAGAGAAGGAGAGAGAGCGAAAGAGCGAGAGAGCGGGGAGGGAGGUGGAGAAGAAGGGGCCCCCGAGCAGGAGAGAGGGCUGCAGGGUGAAGAAAGAGUGGGAGAAAAGUUGGAAAAGUAAGAGAGGGGUCAGGGGAAAGAAAGGAAAGAGAAAAACAAGUAGAGGAGAGAAAGAGAAACAACAGGAAGACUAAAGGGGGAGGGGCGUCGUAGGUUAAAAAAAGAGGCAAAGCUGAAGAAAAGUGUGGGGGGGGGCACGUUUGCGGUGGAGUCAGUCGUAGCUAGAUGAGGAAAACAGUUAGAGUGAAUGACUAGGUUGGAGUUAGGGAACAGCAGGGAGGAGAAGGAAACCAGUUGUGUUUUUAAAGGUAUUUUCCACAGCAGUCAGCCUCUACUCCGGACGGACCGUUUUAAUUCUGAAAUGUACUCAGACAGCACACGGACGGGACACUAUGGACUCAUUCAUCAAAACAAUAACGACUACUGCUACUGCCGCCACGGUGUCCAUUACGGACCCACGUUCCAGGGAGGACCAGGGGGAAACAGACCACCACCCAUACGCCCAGACCAUCCAGACCACCCUGCAUCACUGGACCUCAGGGAAGACUUCCAGCUUCCUCCUUUCCCUGUGGAGACCGAGGAUAUAGAGCCUGGACUAGAGAACGGUGAGAGAAGUGGAGGAGGAAGAGGUGGUGGAAGAGGAGAUGGAGGAAGAGGUGGAGGAGGAGGCAGACAAGAAGGUGAAGGUAGAGGAGGUGAAGGCAGAGGAGGAGGUGGAGGAGGAGGAGGCAUUGAAGCUGAAGCUGGUCACACUCACAGGGCCCCACAGAGGAGGCCAGUGUUCACAGGGCAGGGUCAGAAUGCCCAACCUCAGCCAGACCUAUUUAGCCCUAGCCAAACAUAUGACUACAACCCUGCCCAGUGGAGCUGGCCAAUGGAGCCCUCAGGCCCUGGUCUGAGACACUAUUCCCCUGUGAGAGAACAAUGUGGCUGUGUGGGACAGGGUGGAGGUGACGCUGUUGGGACGGCGACCGGGACACACCCCUUCAACAGCAGCAGACAUGCGUCAGCCUUGUCACUCCUGGCGGACCCAGAGCCGGCACACAGACAGACUAGCUACAACUACGAUCCAGAGGGGCGCAGGCAGGCUAGUUAUGGAGCGGAAGAGCAGAUCUGGGGUCAGUCAAAACACAGACAGGCCAGCUGCAGCUACAGUUUGAGGCUAGAAAGACAGACUAGCUACGGUCCACAGGAACUACACAGACAGGCUAGCUACAGCUACAGUCCAGAAGACAAGCCAAUACACGGACAGACUAGCUACUGUCCAGAAGAACAGGUCUGGGAUCAGUCGAAACACAGACAGGCUAGUUAUAGUCCAAAAGACAAACCGAUACACGGACAGACUAGCUACGUUCCAGAAGACAAGAUCUGGGAUCAGCCGAAACACAGACAGGCUAGUUAUAGUCCAGAAGACAAACCGAUACACGGACAGACUAGCUACUGUCCAGAAGAACAGGUCUGGGAUCAGCCGAAACACAGACAGGCUAGCUACAGUUACAGUACAGAAAGGCAGGACUGGAGAUUUACUGCUGGUUGUCAACACAAUCAUUUGGACAGGUGUGUACCACUGGAACAAGGACAUUUACACUCCCACAUGCCCAAUGGAUGCUGUGGCAUUGGUGGUUCAAGUCCCAGGCCUGUGUCCUCUCAGGGCAGGGGAGAUAGAGCUAACCACCAGGAGAGGACUACUAGAUUAAAGGCUGGAGGAGUUGGAGAUGAGAUAGGAGAAGACGGCUGUAAUGGACGACAUGUCCCUGCUGGCUCUAGCUCUGAGGGUUUGGUCAGGAAGAAGCAGGGUUUGGUCUGGAAGAACCAGGGUUUGCUCCGGGAGAAGGAGGGUUCAGUCAGGGAGAAGGAGGGUUCGGUCCUGGAGAACCAGAAUUUGAUCCGGGAGAAUGAAUGUGCGGUCCAUGAGAACCGCGGUUCAACCCAGGAAAACCAGGGUUCGAUCCGGGAGAAGGAGGAUUCAGUCCAGGGGAAGAAGGGUUCGGUCCAGGAGAAGGAGGUUUCAGUCAGGGAGAAGAAGGGUUCGGUCCUGGAGAACCAGGGUUCGAUCCGGGAGAAGAAGGUUUCAGUCCAGGCGAAGAAGGGUUCGGUCCUGGAGAACCAGGGUUCGAUCCGGGAGAAGGAGGUUUCAGUCCGGACAAAGGAGGGUUCUGUCUGUGAGCAGAUCAGACAGGUGGUGUCAGACCUGGAGGGGGUCCUGGGUGGUCUCAAACAAGUCCACGUGGAUAUGAAGGAGGUGGUCCAACAGAUAGAUCGUCUGACAGCUAACAUUGACCUGGAAGAGGAAGAGGGAUCAUGUAACAAGUCCCCUUGUCGUGGUGACGGUCACCUCAACCCCAGAGACUGUAAAGGUGGUGACGGUCACCCCAACCCCAGAGACUGUAAAGGUGGUGACGGUCACCCCAACCCCAGAGACUGUAAAGGUGGUGACGGUCACCCCAACCUCAGAGACUGUAAAGGAGUCCUGAUGUUCAACCAGGGAGACCAGAGACCACACUACAGAGACAUGGACCGUAUCGUCAAACAGAAGACUACUCGGGUCCAGGUACACACCCACUGGACUGGUACAGGGGACCUGGUCCACAACCAUAAGACUCCUGGGAACCAUGGACCACAGUGCAGCGACAUGGAUCAUACUGUCAUCAUACAUGACCCUCCUCCCGACCCCAGAGACGUCCCUGGGGUCCUGGUGUACAGACAGAAGACUAAUGGAGAUCAGGGAGUCUCCCUACUGUACAGACAACCUGACCAUACUGUCACCAUAGGAACUAACUCCCUGUCUCCUGUCCUCACCGCAUCUGUCAUCAAGACCAACCGGGUUGGGGUCACAGCCCUGAGCCCCAUGGGCCCUCUGAGCACCUCCAAAGACCCCAAACAGGACAGACGGGGGCUCAACGGACACCCUCCUCUACCCAGUCCAGGUAGAGAACUGAACCAUGUGGCCCCCCAGACCCCCCCAGAGCUAGAAAUGACCCCCUCCCUACCCCUGCCCCUAUGGACUCAACUGUCUGACCCUAUAGCCAUGGUCGGAUACAGUGUCCCCACUCUUAGGAUCCAGAAAUCUCCACUGUACCCCCGCCACAACGGACGGGUGGAGAGGCUCAGUAAGAGUCCGGCUCAACCAACCUACCCUGCCCACCCAGCACUGCCGGUCCUGCCCCACCUGGCCCAGCCACCCUACCCUACCCACCCUACCCACCCAACCCACCCUGCCCUGCCUCCCAGUGACUUGAAGACACCUCCCUACAGCAUGGCAUGAGGGGACAGCCUCACUGCCAUGGGGGCAUGGACCAUAUAAUAACAAGGACAGAACUACACUGAUAAGUAGUCUGAGAAGGAAAGC